UCGAACGCUUAGUUUCGUCGACGUCACCGUGCGUAUUUUACCUAUAGCAUAGCAUAGUAACAUACGUACUUAUACGUAUAAUAUCAGUAGCGUGUGUUUGCUUGUUGUCGCUGCUCAGCGUCGUCGUCGUUUCGCGCAACAUGCUCAUCGCCUACUUCUCGUAACGUGCGUGUGUGACAUUUGUGCUUUGUUCUAUUUGUAAAAAAAUAACAUAAGCGAAACGCUCGCGUUAUUUUUUUUUUCUUUAUCCUCCUGUAGCGGAGCAUAAGAGUUCAGUGAGAGAGAAAGAAGGUUCAUGGGAAACAUGGCGCGUGACCGGUGCAUAGCAAGAUCGCUCAUCUUGGCGAUUCUCGUCUUUGACCUCGUCGUAUCUUUUAUUCUUGCCGAUCUAUCCCACUAUCGCUACGACUCUCACUUGUCUGAGGAUUUCGGCGAGCUCGAGCAAGACCUUGAAUUCCAACUUGGUUCUCAUCCGGGUAGCUUGCACGCACUGGAGAGGCGACGUCGUGCGCCAAUAGAGCCUGUGCACGACGACCCACAGUCGUCGUCAGCAGCGAAACCCAGCGAAACGGUCAUAAGCACCAAAUCCAGCUCGCCGAGUGCCAACGUCACUUACUCGACUCAAGAUCAGAAUGUCACUGACACGUCGACCACCGCCGUCACGCCGAAAGCGCAACAGCAGCCCAACAAGCCCACUACUGUGUCCACGCCGAUUGUACCGAAUAAUGCCAACGAUACUGCCAAGCAAAACGCUACUGUCGCACCCGUCACGCCACUCCCUCCAUCGAAAGUCCACGUGUGGGCCAACCAAACCCUGUGGAAGGAAACGACGACGACAUCAGCGCUUGGCGGCGCCGUUACCGAGGACGACGCUGGUUUCGAGGAUGCAUAUCCAACGAUGUCGGACAAAAUCCUACAUGACAACAAUAUCACAAUGGCCAAGAACGAUACGUACCAGUACUAUAACAGCACAUUCACCGUCGACGAAACUGUCGGCAGAAAGUACUGGAUCGAUCUCGAUAAUCAUCCCAAUAUUCAAGUCAAUCCUCUGCUGAGUAGGAGCCAUCGUCGCGCGGCCACUAUAAAGCUGUCGUUCGAUUUCCCGUUCUACGGCCACAAAGUACGCAACAUUACGAUCGCCACCGGCGGCUUUCUUUACACGGGCGAGUACGUGCACAGCUGGUUAGCAGCCACCCAGUACAUCGCACCACUCAUGGCCAAUUUCGACACCACGCUCUCGAACGUCAGCAAAGUCAAGUACGCCGACAACGGAACGGCAUUCACCGUCGAAUGGGAGAAUGUGCACUUGCAAGAUAAGAAAGAAGCCGGACCAUUCACCUUCCAAGUGACGCUUCUGCAAAACGGCGAUAUCAUAUUCGUGUACGCGAAAAUACCGGUACUCGUUGAGAAAAUCGAGGACAAAGAGCACCCCGUCAAAAUUGGACUCAGCGACGCUUAUAUGAUGGACCGAACCCACUAUUUCACUCGGAGAAAGACGAUCUACGAGUAUCACCGCGUGAACUUCAAUCGUCAAGAAAUCAAGAACUGGACAUCGAUCUACCUGACAGCUCUGCCAACGUGUUUGCAAAUGGAAAACUGCUCGGACUGCCUGACGAAGAUCAAAGAAUGGGAGUGCAAAUGGUGUCCAAAGCUGAGCAAAUGUAGCACCGGCAUGUUCCGUUUCAGGCAGGAGUGGCUUCAGAAGGGUUGCGAUUUGCAUUACGUUAAAGAUUCCGACAAGUGUCCUGCGCCCGUUAUCGGCUACGAAGAGCCAAUGGACAGAGCGCAAGAUCAUCACACCGAUGAUAGGCCUGAGAUUAAAAAAUACAUUCCAAAUCAGCAGGCUAUUGGCCCGAACAACAGUCCUUUAGAACAUCCUCAAGGUAACAUGAACAUGAGCGUCUCUGGAAUCAUCGGCAUUCUCUUCGUAGUAUCGCUUAUAGUGGGACUAGGCGCUUGGGCUGGUUACGCUUACCGCAAUCCACACAGUACAUCGGGACAGAUGCUUAUUCGAUACCGGCCAAGUCAGUGGAGCUGGCGGCGAGGCGAGGCACGUUACACGGCCGCGACGAUCCACAUGUGAUGCGACGCAUAGCCAAUAAGCAGCAGCAACGAAGCAACAGCAGUUAACAGUGUGUUUUGUUGAACUGUCGGACCUUAUUCUUUUUUUUAAAUUCUUUCGUCUCUGUAUGUCCUCGCCGGACGCUCGAGCGUCCACCAUCCCUUUUUUCUCCAACAACAUACGAUAACACGAAGAGUACAGAAAACAUCACUCUCGUCCACCAGAACAUAUCUUAUACAACACAUAUUAUAUAUCUUCAUUUCACUCGCUCUCGACUGUUGCAUCCUCUACUCUAUGCUUUUGUUGCUGAAGCGACUUUACAUGUCAUGCAUACCUAAGGUACACGACGAUAGGAUGUCAAUAGCUUCGAACGCUCGACCUGCGACGCUUCAUGUGAUAUUUUAAUGCGUUGACUUGCAAUUUUGAUGCACCAUCUUUCUGUGGGCCCACUCUUUUUACGAUGUUUGCAUGGCCGAUAUUCUUCUCUUUGUUUAUUUUUUUAUCGUGGAGUGUAUCUACUCAUGUGAAAAUUGUAAGUUACGGAAGCAAAUUGUUAGUUUUUGUUUUGUACCAGUCAGCGUAUAUGUGCAAAUCAUUUUUCAUGCGGCUUAGAAAAGAAAUGAUACUAAUUCGAUUUAUUUACGAAGCUUGCAGUGCCUCGUUUGAGUUUAGUCGAAACGCAACUGAUUGAGUUUCAUCUUAAAUAUAUCCAUAAUGUGAUGUUAAGCCGCACGUCGUAUACUUUGUUAUUGUUUAAGAAUCCAUUUUUCUUUGAUGGCUAUAGAACAAUUAAAUGUCAUUGUUUUAUAUUCUAAUCCUCGAAGAAAUGGAAUGAAAUUAUUGUUUCACUUGAUAAUCGUCUAAUUUCUUUGUCUAUUCUUUACUAUAUACAGCUGAAUGGUUGUUCUAUUACGUAAUGAUUUAUCCAUGCUCAGCAAUGUCAUAACUGUGAAAAAACGAUUUAUAUAUAACUACGAAUAAUAAAAUCAUUACGCGUAUACUUCGACAUAGUCUAGUGUUUUGUUUAGUCGAGGCGGAAUUGUAAUUGUACAUAGCAUAUUAGAUAAAACAGAGUUAUAGUAUAUCCCUUCGAAUCUUGUUUUUCUUUGUUGCCGCUGUGGUUUAAAGAAAAUGAGAUGUGUAAUACAAAUAUGAAUAUAAAGAUAUAUUUUAUAAAAAAGAUUUUUUAAUAAUUCUGAGAAAAAAGAAAACAACUUUGGUCAACUAAAAGUCGUAGCAUUUGUCGAACAUUAUUGUGUCUUAAUUGUAUAUAGUAGCAUUUUUAUAAAUGAUUAUUAAUUUUUAUCUAAUUGUUAAGUCAAUAUACAGUGAGAGGUGCCUAUCAAUUUUGAUCAUUGUACACAUUUUAAAUCUAUUUGAUAUGUAGAACUUAUACAAUAAUAUCUUUUUAACUUUCAAACCUAGUUUCAACUUCAAUAAAAAAAUCACUUAACGUGUAAUGCAUUUCAAGUCAACUAUAAAAAUUGUACAGGGAAUCUAUGGCUCAUAUAUAGCAUUCAAAAUGACUUUUUUGAUGAAUUUACUUACUAAUAACUGUACAAUCUUCAUUCGUAUCAACUGUGGUGUAUACCUAAUGAUAAGCUGUAAUUAGUAAAAUGUGCAUAAUAAAUUUAAAGUUGUACUCUUGUUUAAAUUGAUCGAUAUCUAUAUGUAUACACUGAAACCUCUAUUUCUAAUUUUAUAUCAUCAAGGCACGUAAUAUAAAAAGUAAAAUUAUACAAAUCGUGAAUAAGCUUUUCUUAAAUAUUUGUGUGUACGUCUCAUAGUUUAUAGUUUGUGAUAAUAAAUCUUUAA